AUGCCCUCGGAACUAGCCGUCGCCUUGGUUCAUCCUCCCCACGAGGCUGGCCGAAAUCUGUCUGCCUCCAUGGCGGCAUUGAUGCAAUCUACCUCCGAGUCCGUCGCCGUGUCCAACCCGCUAUCCGCUCCCUCCAUCAUCGCCAGUCCCGACUCCAUUUCCUUCCUCAAACAAUCCAAACCUGAUAACCUGAGUUCGAUCGCUAGCGCCGGGUUACACGUCUCACGGCCCGGAGAUCAGCCCCAGAUGGCCAGUUCAGCCACAGAACGACCGGCGGAACAGGACCGAGAGGCUGAACGCAACAGUUCGCAAGUGGCCCGGGAAGCGUUGGGUGCAAGUGAGAAAUCGCCAGGCCCCCCGGCUCAUGCGUCAUCGGGGCAGAUGCAUGUAGACUCCAGAACGAACACCGAGCCAUCCGACCCCUACGGAUCGACAGAUCACCAUCAAGACUCUCUUAUACACACCUCCACCAUGGCCAGCCCCGGCCCCAUCGAAGAAUCGGCCUCUCAGGAUGGAGACCGUCCACGGAACCCUUCGGAGAUCGACCAAGACAGUAAUAAAUCGUUUUCAUAUCCCAUGCCUACAGGUGGCAUCAAUGAUGCGCGACGCGGUUUAAGCCUGCCGAACACCGGCUACAACAGGGGCAGCCCGCGGUCCCCGGGGGCGAAGAGACAUCGAUGCCCUUACUGCUCUACAGAAUUCACUCGCCAGCAUAACCUGAAAAGUCAUCUCCUUACACACAGUCAAGAGAAGCCUUUUGUUUGCCAGACCUGCCAGUCUCGCUUCCGCAGAUUACACGACCUGAAACGACACACUAAACUCCACACUGGCGAGCGGCCACACAUUUGCCCUAAAUGCGGGCGUCGCUUUGCGCGCGGUGAUGCGCUUGCACGGCACAACAAGGGCCAAGGCGGGUGUGCUGGCCGACGUGCGAGCAUGGGAAGCUUUGGCCCAGAUGACGAGUACGGAGAUGGUGGUCCGGACGAUGCGAUGGACGGGCUGGUGUAUGCGGAACCGGAGCGCAUGGACGAGGAAGACGAGAGACGACUCAACAUGCCGAGCAUUCGGGAACACGAUGCGCAGCCGCUGCCUCGGUCCGAUUCACUUCACACUCACCAGCGCAGCACCUAUCCACCUAUCGCGGCAAGUCGUUCUGGCGCCGGCGGCCUCCUCCCUCCCUCCAACAACCUUGGGGGAGCCGGCUCAUUGACGUCGCCUACUUCCCAAACUGGCAAUAAUAUGACAUUUCCCCCGACCGGGCACCAUUCGGGAGCCUCAAUUUACCCGUCAACCUCGACCAGCGACAAUCCCAAACCAUUGUCCCCGAACGCGCUAUCAUCCCAGCAUGAGAUUGGCGCACAAGGCCAUCGCGCACACUCUCCGAGCAUGGCAGGGUCAUUGCCACACCCACAACCAUCAUUUGGACGGGCUCCCCCGCCUCAGCCGGGAGCGCCCCAGCUCCCCCCACCGCCGGGCAUGAGUUCGCCGGAUUCUCGAUUUGGUCUGCAGGCCGCAACAAAACGCGCCUCGUCGCACAGCCAUUCCAGCUCUCACGGCUUGGUAGCAUCCGAGGGAGAUGCCAACCAAAUCGACAAGCUCUGGUCAUAUGUCCGGUCCAUGAAUGAUGAAAUGAAAGGUCUGCGGGCCGAAGUGGCGUCUCUGCGCGCCCAACUUGCCUCAACCUCCAAUACAUCAGCCACGGCACCAGCCGAUGCCAACGCAGUGAAUACGUCCUCGCGGUGA